UAAAUUAAUUGGUUUACGUGAAAUUUAUAGCGUUUACAAAUGGCGGGAAAGAUACUGGGAUUUUUAGGGGUUUUUUCUAGUAAUGGAGGUGAUCAGCGACUUUUAGCGGGACUGCGGCGGGCAUUCUGACACGGGGGGGAUUGACUAACUACCACUGACAUCCCCACUGACACUAAUAUAGUGAUCAGUGCUAAUAAAAAGCACUGACACUGUACUAAUGGCACUGGGCAGGAACGGGUUAACAUCUGGGGCGAUCAAAGGGUUAACUGUGUGCUGUUUUACUAUGUUGUCUGUGUGUGCUUUACUAUGUAAGCAUGCUGCUUUGUAUUGCUCUGCUAUGCAAAGAAAUACAAAGCAGAAUUGCUGGUGC